AUGUCUUCCCACGGGCACUCACACGAUGGCGCAUCCCACUCUCACGCUGCAGCUGACCAUGGACACUCACAUAAGAUUCUGGACGGUCCUGGCUCCUUCCUGGCUCGAGAGAUGCCCAUCAUCGAAGGCAGAGACUGGAGAGAGCGAGCAUUCACCAUAGGAAUUGGUGGGUAUGUCCUUUUCCUGCUGCUCUAUUGCUUCCUCAUUUUGGCCUUGCACAUAUGAAUGAUGCUGACCCCUUGCGGCUCAGUCCUGUGGGAUCCGGCAAGACGGCGUUGAUGCUUGCCCUUUGCAACGCUCUUCGCGACAAGUACAACAUUGCCGCCGUAACGAACGACAUCUUCACCCGCGAAGACUGCGAGUUCCUUACGAAACACAAAGCGCUGCCGGCCGAACGGAUCCGAGCAAUAGAAACAGGAGGGUGCCCUCAUGCUGCGGUAAGAGAGGAUAUCUCGGCGAAUCUCGCGGCCUUGACCGACCUGCACCGAGAGUUCAAUACGGAUAUGCUGCUCAUAGAGAGUGGCGGUGAUAAUCUCGCCGCGAACUACUCCCGGGAGCUGGCAGACUACAUUAUCUACGUGAUCGAUGUUAGCGGAGGCGAUAAGAUUCCGAGGAAGGGCGGACCAGGGAUCACGCAAAGCGAUCUUUUGAUUGUCAACAAGACGGAUCUUGCGGAGCUCAUUGGGGCCGACCUGAAUGUCAUGGAUCGGGAUGCCAGGAAGAUCAGGUGAGUGGUUCAGCAGAAUGCCUCACUGUUGGACAGUGCUGACGGUUUCGAUCAGGGAGGGCGGACCGACGAUCUUUGCGCAGGUGAAGAACGGCAAAGGCAUGGACCACAUUGUAGAUCUGAUUGUGAGUGCCUGGAGAAGCAGUGGCGCCAGCGCUGUGUCCAGUGGGUCGAAGUGA